AUGAUGGCGGCGGCUUGCAAGGACGAUGAUUUAAUUUCAUCGCCCCCGCAUACGGGGACAGAGACGAACGCGAGUUUUUCCCCGACCGAGCUGGUUGUUGUGCUCCUCGCAAGUAGACUUGUCGAUGACUCAAGAACCCAAAUAUUAUUUUACCGCAUCUGGCCCAACACCUUCAACGAUGAAGAGCCUGUGAACGAAUACUUCACCGAGGAAGAAGAAGACGGCGAAGAAGACAAUGACCAGGAGGAAGAGAAGCCUCUUGAUGAUUAUAUUGAUGAUGCUGGUGGUAACGUCAUCCUUGACAACUUCUUAGCAAUGGCCGCGGCUGUGGAGUGGCGCUGA